UUCAAAUUAUAUUACCUUCGAAAUGUCUAAGUUAUGUAUGGUGAAGAGUUGUCCAGUUGGUCCAGUUUUGAAACGUUUCUUCCUCAGGGCAAAUUAUCAUUUUUCAAAGCAAAUACCCCUGGGAGGAUAGAAAGUUGGUCAAAAGCUUUUUAGAGAUUACUUUGAAACCUCAUGAUUUAGUUUGCCAGUUGCAUUUCAAGAGCGAACAUGUACAACAAAAUUGUUAUUAAGGAUGUUGUCCAUUUACAUGAAUUACAUAGGAAAACACUCAAACCAGAAGCGUUGCCAACAAUUCAGCAUCAGUUCCACAGUUAUGCUGGUGAACAUCUUGCGAAAGAGCAAAUGUUGCAAGACAAACAAAAGCUUGUACAUCAACAACCAGAAAUAAUACAACAUCAAGAAGAAAUUGUGAAUCAGCACUCACAGCAACAAUCAGAAGCUCCCAUAGAACAUAAUUACUGUGUACAACAAUCAGAAAAACCAUUGCAAUAUUUGUUGGACAAAUAUCAGCAAUUCUUGCCCCAGCAUUGGGCUUACAUACCAAAGCCUGAUGGAAUAGAAUACAUUAGGUUGGAUCCAGAGACUCGUCUCAUUAAAAACCACAUAAUGGUUAGAGAUGAUUUAACAGUUUUGGUUAUCUUUCCCAAUAAGGAAAGACUACAUGUAGAUGACCAAAUUGUCUCGUCACUGCCUGAGGAUGUUUAUGCAUUUCUGAAAAGUGUGGAGAAGUGGCCAUUGUGUGUUGGCACCCAAAUUGAGAAUCAAAGUUUUUCGAAAGGAUGUCAAGGAGUUAUUGUUGGACAUGGAAUGUAUAAAAGAAUGCAACAAAAUCUUCGAUGUCAAUCAUGUCGAGUCCUCCGAAAGAAACUCAAUGAUAGAAAGGGUGGCAAUAGUGUCCAGGAAAAAUGGAUUAUAUUUAAGCGUAAGAAGGGUAGUACGCUGAAACAAUGUAAUCGUUUACAGAAAAAAUGUGGGUGUUCCCAGCUUGGAGAAGAUGAAACCACAGUAUUCUGCAGCUAGAAGAUAUUGGCUAGCUCUCUGAGUGAUGGCAGAUAUUAGUUAAAUUUAUAGAGAUCCCAUAGAAUGUGUUAUUCAUAAUUCAUUGUUCAUCAUAGCAUAACAUGAAAUCAUUAAAUUGUUUUUUUUUUAAUUGAAUAAUGUCUUAUACUAGUAGUAGUAGUAGUAGUAGUAGUAACAGUUCUUUAUACUUAUAUUAUUUCAUGUACAAUGUAGGUUUUCCCAGCUUGAUAUUAUUCAUGUAAAGUCUGAAAUAGAAAUUUUGAAUUUGAA